GCCCUAUAGCAUGUUUACUAUUAUUACACUCCCCUAUAUCGCCGCUCCCUGAAAAACAAAAAGUCUCGAUUGAGCAGUCUGGCAAUUGACGCGACAGGCUUGGCAAUUGCGUGCUACGAAUUCGAUAACUCCAAAUGGCACAUUGUCCUUCCUUAUAAGAACUAGAUUUCUCAGGGUACUCUGGGAAUCAAAUUGGACCUGUGCAAUUGUCGAUCUGUGCUUUGUUCAAGCUCCGCCUUGCGCAACAUGGGUGAAGGAAGAGCCAUCGACCAACAGUCUGUUGGUCGACAACUAACGAGCACCGGUCGUACGGGCUCGGUCGUAAGCAAAGAUGAUUUCUACGUGCAGACGCAACAGUACAAUGAUAGUGCUUCCCACUUUUAUGGGCACAAUCCGUUCGCGAAUCCAGAUGUCGCGGAGCGUUAUGCCUUGAUCUAUGAGAAGGCACAGUAUGAAUGUCGACACGUCUUUGAUCCGACCCUCACAUGGACCCCAGAGGAGAAGGCGUUGGUUCGGAAACUGGAUUGGCGUUGCGUUAUGUUCUUUGGUCUCCAAGUGGACAGAGGCAAUCUCGUUCAAGCUUUAUCGGACAACCUGCUGACUGAUCUCGGGUUGACAACUAAUGACUAUAACACUGGCAACACUAUCUUCCUCGUCUCCUUUCUCCUUGCUGAAUUGCCGUCACAGCUGGUUUGUCAGAAAAUGGGCCCUGAUAGGUGGAUCCCGAUGCAGAUGACGCUGUGGUCCAUCGUUGCGGUAGCCCAGGCUGGCUUGACUGCUUUGUCAUUGAUCACCAUUAUUACCUCGAUUCUCGCGUUUGGCAUGCUCCACAUGCGAGGCAUCCAAGGUAUGGCCGGCUGGAGAAAUGGAGACAUGCAUAACCGCCAACCCAUUACCCAUCGCCGUCUCUGGAACUCCCUGCAUGACUACGACGUCUGGCUCAUUUACAUCCUCGGCCUCAUCGUCUAUAUCCCUCAAUCACCAGUAUCAGCCUAUAUCACCCUCACGCUCAAACGCGUCGGCUUCAGCACGAACAUCUGGACCCUACCCUGCGUCAUCACCCUCCGAUUCUGGCCAGGCACCAUGACAAACGCAUGGGGCACCUUCGGCGUCGUGACGACGUUGCUGCGCUAUCCGUACUGCCACGCGAUUCUGGUCGGGUGGAUCUCGAAGGACUCGAAUAACGUAGGCAUGCGGACGAUCUCCGCGGCACUGUAUAAUAUGUUCGUUCAAGUCGGCGGCAUUAUCGGGAAUAACAUCUACCGCGCAGACGAUAAACCAAAGUAUCGGCGGGGCAACUCCGUGCUGCUGGGGAUUGAUGUACUGGCGAUAAUACUUUUCUUACUCACGAAGGUAUACUAUGUUCUGAGGAAUAAGCAUAGGGACAAGGUCUGGAAUGCCAUGACGAAAGAGCAACGACAACACUAUAUCAACACGACAACGGAAACUGGGAGUAAGAGAUUGGAUUUCCGGUUUGCUCGUUGA